AUGCUUUUCGCGAUCGCGCUCUCGUUGCUAUUAAUACCUACUGCAUUAGCGUCUUAUGCCCUCCAAGAUGAUUAUGCCGGCUCAGCAUUUGCAGGAAUGUUCGAUUUCUUUACAUCCCAGGAUGAUGAUCCGACUCACGGCUAUGUCAACUACAUCUCCCAAGCAGCGGCUCAGAAUUCUGGUUUGUACCAAAUACAAAAUGGCGCUGUUUAUAUGGGUGUCGAUUCAACAAAUGUUGCCUCUGGUCGUGGUCGAGACAGCAUACGCAUAAGCAGCAAAAAGUCAUACAACCAUGGCCUCUUCGUCCUUGACCUCGCACACAUGCCUGCUGGUGCUUGUGGCACAUGGCCUGCAUUUUGGUUGCUUGGUCCUGAUUGGCCAAACAACGGAGAAGUCGACAUCAUUGAAGGUGUUAACACGCAGUCUGUCAACAACAUGGCUCUGCAUACGUCUCCUGGUUGUACAAUCACCCACACAGGCGCAUUUUCUGGAGCUCUUGAGACUGAUAACUGCGACAUCAAUGCUGCGGGUCAAGGUAAUAACGUUGGAUGUUCGAUUCGCAGUGCCAGUUCGAAUAGCUUUGGCAAUGGGUUCAACUCCAAUGGUGGAGGAGUUUACGCUACUGAAUGGACAAGUGAAGCGAUCAGUAUCUGGUUCUUCCCUAGAAAUGCCAUCCCAUCCGAUCUCGUGAAUGGUACGCCAGAUCCAUCCGGCUGGGGCCAACCCUCAGGCCAAUUCACCGGUGGAUGCAACAUCGACGACAAAUUCAAGGAUCAAAAGAUGAUAUUUGAUGUCACAUUCUGUGGUGACUGGGCAGGCAGUGUUUGGUCGACGGACACAACUUGUGGCCCUCAAGCUUCAACUUGUCAAUCUUUCGUCCAGAGCAAUCCCUCCGCAUUCAAGGACACUUACUGGCUUGUCAAUAGCCUCAGAGUCUAUUCCGACAAUGGCGCUGCUCCUGCUCCUACGCAGUCCCAGCCUGGAGUGACAACAGUGACUGGACUACCUACGACAUCGACUGCUGUCAUUGCUACAACCUUUCAGACUGUUUCUUCGAUCGGAUCUACUAUCACUCAAGCAGUCCCCACUGAAGGCGCAACUACAAUUACGCUCUCCACGGACCCUCCGGCGAACACUGCGGCACCAAAAACUCCUUACGAAAACACCGUUACAGCACCUGCUGCAAAUCCGACAGAUGCUCCUGCAACGGAUGCUGGAGCUGGGGGUGGUGGCGGCGGUUGGAAUGGUGGCGGGAGCAACGGAGGCUCUGGAUGGGGCCGUCCUGGUGGUAACGGCGGUGGCCGUGGUGGUCGAGGGUGGAAAUGA